AAACGCUCCACAUCGUAACAGCGCUCAACGUUUUGUCUCUGUGCUCUUAGUUUGGAAGGCCCCAGAGGUCGCCAGACUUCCUGUUAUGUCUGGCCGUCGGGGGAGCAUGACACAGCCCCCUCCUCCUCCUCCUCCCCCCGGUGAGCGUGCAGACAGUCUGGAUCCAGACGGAGUCGCACGCGGACGCGCCGACGGACGGACCUCCCGCCUCACGGACCCGGCAGCGGAUCACAGCCGAGCGGAGAGCGCCGAGCCCCGGUGACCAUGUCGGUGCUCGGCCCCGCCCCCAGCAGCGCAGACGCCUGUCUCAGCAUCGUCCACAGUCUGAUGUGCCACCGGCAGGGCGGCGAGAACGAGGGCUUUGCCAAGCGCGCCAUCGAGAGUCUGGUGAAGAAGCUGAAGGAGAAGAAGGACGAACUAGACUCCCUCAUCACCGCCGUCACCACCAACGGCGUCCACCCCAGCAAGUGCGUCACCAUCCAGAGGACGCUGGACGGCCGGCUGCAGGUAGCGGGUAGAAAAGGCUUCCCUCAUGUGAUCUACGCACGCCUGUGGCGGUGGCCAGACCUCCACAAGAACGAGCUGAAGCACGUCAAGUUCUGUCAGUUUGCCUUCGACCUGAAGUACGACAGCGUGUGUGUGAACCCCUACCACUACGAGAGGGUGGCGUCCCCUGCCACAGGUCCUCAGUCUCUCAUAAAGGAGGAGUUCAUGCAGGAGUGUCUGCAGAUCGACCUGCCCCCCCAUGCCGACCCCUAUGGCCACCCGCGGCCUGUCGGCAUGUAUCCCAGCAUGCCUUUGUCUCCCCCAGGCAGCAGCUCCAUGGUGCCUGCAGCUCUGACCGCCGGGGGGGUCGGCGGCGGUCUGGACGGACCCGGCCUCCUUCAGAUCGCUCCGCCUCCUAACCACGGGGGGCAGGCUUCACCGCCUCACUCAAAUCCCCCUCACACGCCCCAGCUCCCCCAUCCCCCCACCCCAGCCUCCCCACAUCAGCAGAGCCCAGAGUACAGCGGCCCCCACAAACCUGCCAAUUGGGCAGGUAACAGCCCUGCCUCCUACACCUCUGCAGGACCGCAGCACAGUGGGCGCAGCAACCAGCCACAUCCGCCAUUGCACCAUCAUCAUCCUCAUCUUCAUCAACAACACCACGCCCCCAACACUCACUUCUGGUCACAGCAUCACAGCACCGCUCCGUAUCCACAGCCAGUGUCCAACCACCCAGGUCCAGAGUUCUGGUGCUCCAUCUCCUACUUCGAGCUGGACGUUCAGGUUGGUGAGAUGUUUAAGGUCCAGUCCAGCUGUCCACUGGUGACCGUGGACGGGUACGUGGAUCCUUCGGGAGGAGAUCGAUUCUGUUUGGGACAGCUGAGCAAUGUCCACCGUACAGCUGCCAGCCACCGCGCCAGGCUCCACAUCGGCCGGGGGGUUCAGCUGGAGUGUCGGGGGGAGGGUGACAUCUGGAUGCGUUGCCUUAGCGACCACUCUGUGUUUGUCCAGAGUUUCUAUCUGGACCGGGAGGCGGGCAGAGCACCAGGCGACGGCGUUCAUAAGAUCUACCCUGGAGCAUACAUCAAGGUUUUCGACCUGCGGCAGUGUCACCGGCAGAUGCAGCAGCAGGCGGCAGCAGCUCGGGCAGCUGUGGAGACUCAGGCAGCCGCGGUUGUCGGUGCAAUUCCCGGUCCGAACAGUGUGGGAGGGAUCGCGCCUGCUGUCAGUGUGCGCUCAGCGGCCGGUCUGGGCGUGGACGACCUCCGCAGGCUGUGCAUCGUGCGGCUGAGCUUCGUCAAAGGGUGGGGGUGUGACUACCCACGGCAGAGCAUCAAGGACACCCCCUGCUGGCUGGAGGUACACCUGCACAGAGCGCUGCAGCUGCUCGACCAGGUGCUGCACACGCUGCCGCCGCGAGAGCACGCACUCUAGGACCUCCGCCGACAAACACACCGCAGCAGGUCAUCGGUCGGUUCACACGGGUUUCAGACAAUCAGCCGAUCGCAGCGUCUCGUUUCUGCUGUCGUUCGUUUCCGUGGAAACCAGCGUGACACGUUAAAGGGUCAGCUCACGCGAAGCGUCAUCGAGUUUCUGCUCGAGCACCCCCGCUGGCCUGCGGUUUAUUAGCUCCACCCCCUCAACAGGUGAACUGACCCUUUAAGCCUGAUGUCAGAAAUCAGCUGAUUACCAAAAAAUCCUCGUCAUCAUCAUCUUCCUCCUCCUGUCGGUUUUUAGUUCCUUUAGCUGAUUGUUGACCAAAGAGCCAUUCCUGUUUCUUUGAUGACAUCACAUCCUGUUUACGUUGCGUUUCUGCUCCCUCUGACAGUCACAUUAUUUAUUCUGUCGUCUGCUUUUUUUCUCACGUUUAACUCAUUUAAAGGCUUUUAUACUGAAAGGGUGUAAAGCUCUGAAUCAUCAGCUGUCUCUUCAAAUUAAAAGUCUCUGGUGGAUAAAGAUCUGCUUCGUCUUUGUUCGUCUUUCACUCUGCGUUCAGAAACGCUUCCAUAGGAACACUCCUCUCCAUCCACACUCAGUGAUCAGGUAGGGCGCUCCCAGGAAGUCCAUCAACGAUCCAGGUGACCUCUGCGGUCUCAGCUGACCCGAUGAUUAAUGAUCUGCGCUGGAAACGAUCAAACGAGGAGCUUCAUUCAUGAGAGCUGCUCCACUUAGGGCAGCAGGGAGCUGAAACAGAAACAGGCAACACCUGGUCCAUAAAAAAGGCCACACCCUCUUCAAUGUACUGACGCGCACAGACAAAUAAUCCAUCAGAUAUCGUCAGAUCCCCUGCGAGUGUCCCAGUAACCAAUCAGAUUUGGGCUACAUCACUACUGUUACACGUGUACCUUUGUCCAUGUUUUCAGAUGUUUUCUGAACGUAAAACAGACGGACGAAGACGUGUUUGGCGAUCGCAGGAAUUAAAGCAGCGAAUCUUUCUUUUACAGAUUUAAUCUUACUGGUUUGUGAAGAGAUUCUUCAUGAAUAAAGGCCAAGUUACGAAGAGGAAACACGAGCGCCACGCUUCUCUUACGCCCACCGUUUUUCAUCAAAACCGAGGAAAUUAGGAAGACAGGCCGCGUUGUAGUACCUUCAUGGACCUGUUGAUUAAUAACCUGCACAUAUGUUUGGACCCACAGCUGAACUCUGAGUCAGUGUAAAGGGUCUGAGCUUUAGUGAAAUGAGGUUCACAAUUCAGUCUGCUGUGGUUCAAAUGUUCUUGAGAGUGACGGAGCUCCUCUGGAUCGUCUCUGCAGCAGCAGGAGGAAGAAUUAUGUUUUUCAUGGCUGCGUCUCGUUCAUGUGACCUGCAGAAAGCAGCAGUAACAACGAUGUGCUCAAGUAUGUCACAUGAUCUGUCUGUAGUCCACAUUCAGAACACUGGAGUUUCUCCACAGCUGUGGAGACAUCUCAGCUCACUAGCCACUGCAAUCCAGAAACACAGUCCAGAGUGUAGCUAAACCCAUUUUCAGUUAGUAUGUUUAAUUGUUUUAUUCUAAAAUAUAUUGUUUUUUAAGACCAUUGUUGGUUUUCAUCUAGUUUAAACCAAACCACUCUGCUGGAUUUAGCUAGUAGCUAGUGAGCUGAUUGGAGACCUAAACAGCCAAUCAGAAUUUUUGCAUCCAAGUCUGUGAUUGGUUGGUUUUGUGGCACAUUUAUAACGUUGUACAGAGAGUUAAGAGUGCAGGCAGCAGAGAUGUAGAGAGCAGGUCUGCAGACGUCUGAGCACACAGAGCAGAGAUCUGAGCGAGAGCGGCUGUUAUUGUGUGUGUGUGUUUAUGGAUAUUAGCAAACACUGAAACACUGAGUUUUCUUCCUUCAAAGUAAUUUUCUCCUCAAAAUGCAACAUUUGUACUUGCAACAAUGAUUUCCAUGCGCUCAGAAUAGAUGCACAAAAAUAACGCCAUAGAUUCGAAAGAGUUUCAGGGCCACGUUAAGAACCUGUUUGCUCAUGUACACCGGGUCAACGCAGUGCAGUGAAGUUAACCAUAUUUGCAUCAUAAUCUCAUCUCAGAGCAUUCAGCAGAGAGAAGAUCUGCUCUCUGUUCUCAGCGUGCUCACCAUGACCUAAAACUUCAAAAUAAAUAGAAUAGAAUAGCUUCCAUUGUCACUACCAGUGUUGGGAAGGUUACUUUUAAAAUGUAUUCCACUACAGAAUACUGAAUACAUGCC